AUGCAACCACUCCUUGGACUCCCGUUCCUGGCAUUCGCAUUUGCCCAGCAGUCAGGAGUGCAUCUGACAGUCCUACCUUCCGAAUCACCAACGGUCACCCAAGCCGACAACUGGCGCUGCGCAACCAAAGACAUUGUCGGCUACUUCGAACCUCCAUACCCAACAGGAGCCCUCUACUCCGCCCGCCUUUCCUACGGCGACGAAAUCCAACCCUGUACCUAUACAGGCGGUGCUCUCUGUCCCUUUCCCGAGAAAUCCUUAUGGUGCGGAUUUUCCACCGCGAUUCCCUCAACUCUCCUGGACCAAUACGAAUCCUACGGCAGUACAGCAGCCUCUUGGUGGGGCGCCCGCAGCUCCGCGGCCGUUUCAAUCGCUGAAGAAUGUCCUCAAUCAUGGUGGCUCGCUAGAGACCGUGUGUCAUUCGGUGCGACCAAAUUGAAUCUGACUAUAAUCGAGGCUGAGUGCUAUGCGGAAGCACACGCGACUUCCAGUGGACCUGUACAGACCAGCACUUUGACGAGUUCUACUUCGGGAAUCAGUGGACCUCUACAGACCAGCACUUUGUCGAGUUCUGCUUCGGGAAGCAGUGGAUCUACACCGACGCAGACUCCAGAUGUGGACAGUGCGGGAGUUAAGCGGGCUGAAAAUGCGGCGUUCUGGUCGGCUGCGGGUACCUGCAUUGCUGCUGGCGCUAUCAUCUUGGUUCUCUGA